GUUUUUGGCCGCGGCAUGUCUUCUUGCAACUCUCGAAUCAAGCUGCCGGUGACUAUUCCGAUCUACUUCCACAAUGGUUCGAGCUAUGACUUUCAUUACAUCAUGAAAUACUUUGCUCACCUGCAUGGCCGUGAGGACUCAGACGAGUACGCGGAGUUUGUCAAGAAGAUGGCCUCGUUUGAAAUCCCUGAGGAUCAGGUGGAAGAGGAGAACGAGGUUGAUCCCGGCGAGCAUGAGAACCACUUUGAGCGGGGUGAAGUGAACUACUACGAGGACUUGAAGAAUCCUUGGACGACUGAUUUGAGGAAAAUCCGGCAAAUCACCGCUGCACUAAGUCACUAUGAUUUCCACCUGCUCGCCCUCUUCGUUCGUGACCUCUUCUGCCAAGUCGACGUGGUAGAUGAUCUUGAUGAGGAACGACAGCUGCGUCUGAAGCAUGUCAAGCAACUGCGGACGAGCCUGACGGAUGCUAUCCAAGUCCAUGUAUUCGCCAAACGGUGA